UCAGUGGGAGAAGGCGGUGUGAUAAAGGGCUGGGAAGAGCGGACGUUGAAUAUGAGUAAAGCGGUGAAGUAUAACAAGGAGCUGGGCACCUUCACUGUGGAGAAGGCCGGCGUCUACUUCCUGUUCUGCCAGGUGUUGUUCAAUGAGCAGCAGACUCCGUAUGUGAAGCUGGAUGUGGUGACCACCGGCCAGAAGCCUCAGAAGCUGCAGUGCAUAGAGGGCUACGCGACGACCCCCUCCGCCGGGCCGCACUUUUUCCACUUCGUGAAGUCGUGCCAGGUGUCCGGCCUCCUGCGACUGGAUCGAGGCACGGAGCUGCAGGCCAUCACGGGCUCGUCCUUCCGGCUCCACACCGUGGGCAGUCCCUCCGCCUCGCCUCACGUCUUCAGCAUCUUUAAAGUCAACUGAAGCUCAGUGCUUAGUCUGAUCUGGGUUGGAAACUCAUCUCAGUACAACAGAACUUGUUUUUGUAUGAAUGAGAUUUUUAUUUUUUUUCUUCCGAAUGGUCAGAAGCAGCUGAGGGCAUCACAUCCUGCUACAGCCGCUCCUCAAAGACGCUAAUUUGAAAGACAAGCCUGACAUUUGCGGACGAUGUUGUGGAAAUUUUCUCUGGACAGUGGAACGCCAAACACCGACUUUGGAUUAAAACCAAAACCCAAAGUGGACACAAGGUCUCAAUGAAUGUCUGCCGCGAGAACUCGUACAUAAAGGGCCUCACAUAAAAAAAAAAGAUGUUCAUCUUAGCCUCCGUAUCAUGUAACUAAUAGUGCUUACACUGUCUUUAUAAGACUGACAGUAAAGCUGUGCAUGCACCUUUCACUUUUAUAUCACCGGUUGCCUCAAGAAGCUGAGAGCACAUCUGCAAGCAUCAGAUCUCGACGCUAUAAAAGCCAAAUGAGUUGUCAUUCAUAUUUUAUACAAUACAGUGUGUGUUUGUGUGUGUGAGAGAGUGUGUGUGUGAAAUCUAAUGAAUCAAACAGUUCUUGUUUUUACUGAUUUAUGCUCAUUACAGUUCAAUGUGCGGUUUGAGUGUGAUAUUGCCUCUUUACCUACUUUGUAUAUAUGUCACACACAUGCUACAUGUGUGCGUUUCGACUUGGCAAAGAAAGUGGAACAUUUUAAAUAACAUGGAUGUGAAUUUGUGCUCUUUUCUAAGGUCAAAUUUGAUUGUAAGGUAUUUUUAUAUGUUGUGUACUUGGCUUUACUUUUGAGAAGUAUGCACAAGUUCUAGAAGUGUACAGCUUUGAAUAUAUAUCUUUCUUUUCUGACUUAAUUAUGUAAUUGGUAACAAAACGUCAUUUCCUGCCUAUAGGUGCAUCAUCUGAUUAUGUUUUUUUUUUAUCAUACCGUUAAAGACACUGAGAGGAAAUCUUUAAAUGAUAUUGUAGAGGCCCUGAUACAUUCAAGAGUAAGUGACAAUUAACUUAAGAGAUUUUCAUUAAAGAAGGAGCAUCGUUAAGACUUAUUAUAUUAUAUAUUAUCUGUAAAGUUCUUUAAAGUCAAGGUGUCGCAAAACAAGUCAAAGUAGUUAUGUAUUAAAACAAAUUUACACGAUUCACGUUCAAAUUACGAUGGAGAGUAAAAUAUCUCGACGUCGGAGAGCUGACGUUCUCGUUGGAUUCUAAACAUCGCCAUUUUAGCAUCAGUCACUCAGCUGACAUUAGCAUUCAAUAAGCAAACGUUAGCAGGUGGUGAAUAUUGUUAACACUAACUUUCUGCUUGCUAGCAUGCUAACAUGAGCAUUUAGCACAUUAGCCUCAGAGUUAGCUCGGACUUACCGACUCGGAAGUUGCAAGCGGAACGUCCCCUCAUGUCACGAUUUCGUCCCAGAAGGUCGGAGGAACCUCACACCCCCGACUUCGAAAUCCAAGAUGGCCCCUCGGUAUAUCAACAGUAGUGAAAGCUGUGGUUCUUACUGUUUAUUAACACUUCUGUCAUUAAAUGUGUCCAGUUACUCUCGGUGGACGUUUUUCUUCGGUGUCGAUGCUGGAAAUACCACGUAAUGCCUUAUUAUGAACUGGUUUUGCUAACAAUGGCUAGCUGGCUAACAUAAACAUCGUUCUUGUACAACUGAAACUCUGUUUUUGCCCAAUUGUGCCUUAACUUGAUUUUUUUUUUUUUAAAGCCAAAGAAUAAGUCCAAAUGAGACAAACGUUUCAAAUCCAAACAAGCUUUCAUUGUUAAACUGUCCCCGUCUUGUCGUGUUUGUGGUGAGAUUGUUUCUCAGACUUCUUUAUUUCUAAAUGUCUCUGUGACAUGGAACUCCUUCCAUUCUGCCUCAUCCUGUAAUAUUUCCUGCUACAAUAGCAACAGCGUGUAUUUCCAGCCGUGGGUUUCACUCCCACUCUUGUUUAUAAGUAGUUUUUGUGGACAGGCCGCAUUGGUUUCUCCAGAGCACUUCACCGCCGAGAGCGCAGACUUUUUAAUUGGUGCCAAACGUUCAUGUUUUCAAAUGGAAAAAGUGUCGACAUUAGACAUAUAUCCUGUUUGAUUUCCUCAUCGUUUUCCUCUUCCCUUUUGUGUCUCCCCCGCACCACUUGUACGACCACAUGCACCUCAUAUUUCCCUGUCAGCACCGAUCAGACUGCACACAGACACACACACACACUGAAUCCCGAGUGUCCUCUGCACAUGCACACACACGCACACACACACACACACAGACAGACACACACCAGCAGCCAUCUAAAUUUUCACUUCCUGAAUCUGAACCUGAACCACAUUGCUCAAAGUCUUUGAGGAAAAACAUGCCUCGUCCCUCCCCCAUCACCCUCACACACUUCCCUGCCCCGAUUACUC